AUGUGUGCUAAUGUGGGACUCCUCUUUCUCUCUUCCAGGAAACGGACUGCGUUGCACGAGGCAGUAGAUGUCGAAGACGUGGUGUGGCUGAGGAAGCUGCUAGAGGAAGGGUCGAACACACGGGCCAGGGAUGAAACCGGACAGACGCCCUUACAUGCUGCUCUAAUGAGGAGGAAGGAGAGGAUAGCCGAUAUCCUGGUAGAUGCCGAUUGCAUCACGGAUAUCGAGGACGAAGAUGGGUACACCCCUCUGCAGAUCGCAGCAGAGAAGGGAUGCCUGAGAAUCAUCGAGAAAUUGAUAGCCGGCGGAGCCGAUACAGCUCGAAAGGAUCGCCAGGGGCGGACUCUGCUUCACAUAGCCCUGGAGAACAGCGAGGAGGCUGCGGCCGAGAUGCUGGUAGGGGCCAUCCCGGACCUGAACGUCCCAGACAGACAGGGGCGAACCCCCCUGCACUGGGCCGGGAGAAACGGGCACGUGCAGGUCGCGAGGCAGUUGCUGGUGAGGGGGGCAAAUCCACACAUGGAUACAUAUUCGGAUUUGUACCCCCUGCAAUCUGCUCUCUACGUAGGACAAGUACCGGUGGCCGAAGUCAUUGUUGCGCAUUAUGCCCUCAAUGACUUGGAGGAGAAAUUACGCGAAAUACAUCUGUCGCGGCCAGAGAAGAUGUGGGAGAAGCUGCUCCCGGUCUGCAAGAUGGAGAUCUGCAGGAUGAAAGACACCCAGGUGAAAGGAUCCCUGCUCUCUUUCUGCGAUCUCGCCUUGAGACCAGCAAGCAGGUUGUCCCAGCGCCUCUCCGUUGAAGCGAUUCAAUGGCUGUGGGACAACCAUUGCAAAAUUCGGGAGUUCCCAAUCUACGGCGCUUACCUUUGCAGUAAGCUAAAGGUAGUGAGUGACAGGAAAUCCCACGAAAAUCAUAUUCUAAAGAGCUUCUCUCUCCUCUCUCCGCCACUGCUGCCGGUGUGCACCGAAGUCAUCCUCCCAUUCUUGCCAGACGCUGACCUUCAAAAUCUUGUCCAGGCCUGCAAGUUUCUCCGAAGUCCUCCUUAG